AUGUUUUGGGAGUCGUCAUUGGCGCCUCCCACCACAAAAACGCAUUUAGAAACACUUCUUGAUGGUGAAAAGAUCUUGCUUGAUGAGGUUCUUGAUGAUCCCUUGACUUUGCAGGAAAUCAGAAACGGCAACGAGAAAUUGCUGAAGUUUCUCGCAUUAACAAGUACAGUCGAAGAAUUGAUCACUGGGGCGCUUUUACCGAAAAUAAAUGAAAGUUUGCCGCAAAAAGAGCAGUAUAGAAAGUUUUUUUUAUUAUACAGAAGGGCUUAUCAGUGUACUGAAGUGAUCUCACUGGCAAGUGAUGAAAUGUGCCUAGCUAUGCUGAACAAUGACAAAACAAGUGAAAUUAUAACAGAUUUUUUCCGGAUAGCCAAGCUGAACAAUUUGCUUGUUAGCUUUUAUGCCAAGGUUAUUACGCAUCUUUUGGAUAGGCAGUGUGAUAAGUUUCAGUUGCUCCAGAAGCUGAGGGGAAGUAAUUUUUUGUCUCUCUGCUUAAAAAAUAUGCGUUAUUCGGCAGGUGCAGAUCUGUUGUACCAAAUUAGCAGUGUACCAAAAGAGUUCGGCACACAGGAAUUUGUUCGUCAAUGGUAUGGAGAGAAUCAUCUCGGCGAAUGUUUGUGCGAUCUUUUAUCUCCUGAAGAGGAUAUGCUGGUUCACAACAAUGUCAGCUAUCUAUGGUGCGAAUUGCUGGCUACUUUACGUGAGUACCAGUAUCAGUAUCCUGAAGAUAAAUUGUCUGAUACUAUUUUAGAAAGCUUGCAAUCAGAAAAAACAUUGUGCAAAUUAUUGGCGGCUAUGCUUCCGGCAACUUCCGAGAAACGUUGUGAAUCUGUAAUAUCCAAUGCUUCAGCUAUAUUUAUUACUCUUCUUGAGACGAAUUACAUCCCAGAUCGGCCUAGUUUCCUUCUCGGAUUAGAUGAGAAAUUCGAGCAGUCACAUUUUGGCAGAGAACAUGCUGCAGGUGAUGGGAGAUACGAUGUUUGGUUACCUGAUUCUGGACGUUUUGUGGAGUCAUGUUUAGCUAGUGCAUUAGAUCGACUAGUUGAUACAAUUCUUGACUCUCUCGAGACUUCCUCGUCCGACCCUGAAGUUUCGAAUGUCUCUUGGUUUUAUUUGAUGCAAGUUUUUGUGCAGUUACUGAAUACAAAUUGUAAAAUUACGCAUGAAACUGCCGUUAAAAAGUUUUCCUCGAUGCCUUCUAACCCAUUCCAGUCUCUACUUUUACAAGUUUCUUCGCAUCCGUUGCUUACGCUCUAUCAAGUUUACCUCACUAAAUGUAUAAAAUUCAUUUUGAACACAGUUCCGUCUCCAGACCCGUCGCCUCUAAUUCCAUUCUUGUUGAAGGACUCUAAAAUACUCAGGUUGAUUAUUGACUUGUAUGACAAUUCUUUAAAAGAAUCCUUGGAACCGUUAUGCAGGAAGGCUUUACGAGGGUUUUGCUUAAACCUAGCUUUAGUUGUGCAUCAGUCAAGAAUCGAUUCUGCAAAUGCGGUUCUGAUAGACCAGCUGAUUAGAGAAUCUGAUCAAGCUCUUCAAUGGGAGCUACUUAUCAAUGGGGCUGCUCAGAAGUUUGAGGAGGAGAACGCCUGCAAUGAACCUGGUUUAAUUCAAGCGAAAGAAUCCAUGCGCGGUCCAGUAAAUAUUGAGGAUGAGGCAGUAGAAGCUGUUGUGGCUACGGCUCAGGAUAUCCACAGUUUUGAGAGUUCAAGGGAGCUAAGGACCGACGUUGGAGUUCAUCAUGGUGGUGACGCUUCCAGUAAAUUCAAGCAAACUCAUUCUGAAGAUGAUGAAAAGUCCGAUCCGCUAAUUGAAGAAAUGCGGCAGUUAGGUUUUGAUACCACUUUAGUAGCAAAAAGGCAAGAAGUGGAGAGGAGUGCGCCUGAAGGUAAAGAAAAGGGAUUCAACGACUUCGAGGUCUUUGAUCGUGAGGCAUUAGCUCAUCACUCUGUCCCAGCACCUGACCGUUUGCAAUCGAAUGUCUUAGACCUGGAAAAUUUAAGAUUGGGAGAAACAAAACGAACAGGUUUCAUGGACGAAUUGCGCCUUGAAGAAAAUGCAACAGGUGAAAUUGGUGAUAAGGGUGUAAUCGGUAGCACUGCAAAACGUCUAGAUGCUACAUCAGAUGAACUGUGGCCGUCUUCCAGUUUUACUACACAAAGUGAUUCCUCUGACUGGGCUAAUUUCACAUCGGAAAGAGCGGAUGAUUGGCCGCCAUCUCAGUCCGAUUGUUCGUGGCCUGGAGUUUCAGAUUCAGACGACGCAUGGCCAAUGACAUCUGCAUCAGAUGGUGUGUCGUUCGAAGCAGUAUUUCUCGAUGAAAAGCCUUCAGAAAAGAAGUGA